AUGAGGAAGGGUGUGGUGGUGAUAGUGAGCACAACUAUGGCGGUGGUGGCAGUAGGGGCAUUCAUCAGAAAAUGGAAGCGAUGGAAAGAACAACAGAUGAAGCAAACGAAGCACAUAAUUAGAAAGUUUGCAAGAGAAAGUGCCACCCCAUUAGCAAAGCUUUGGCAAGUAGCUGAUGAUAUGGUGUCGAGCAUGAAAAUCUCUCUUGCUUCUUCCGGUGAAUCUUCCUCUCUCGACAUGGUCCUUUCCGACGUUACAUCCCUCCCACUUGGAGAUGAAGAAGGAUUUUUUUAUGGGGCUAAUUUGCAUGGAACGCAUUUGUUGAUGUUGUGUGCGCGGCUAGGAGGAAAGAAUAUGCCUAUCUCUGCCUUACAAAGAGAACAGAUUUCCAUCCCUGAUGCUGUCUUGGCUGGUCCUUCUGAGGAAAUAACUGAUUACGUAGCUACAGAGAUUGCUAAGUUCGUUUCGGGGCAUUCUGGGAUCGACGAGAGUGCACCCACCAAAAACAAGAAUUUGGGCUUCACCUUGUCAUAUCCAGUCGAUCAAGUUAUGCCUUUCAUGGCCACAACAUUUCAACGCAAAAACUCAAACGACUCAGUUCACAAAGGAAUGGUGAAGGACCUAAAUCGAGCGUUGACUAACCAUGGAGUGAAAAUGCAAGUUGCUUCUCUGGUUGAUGAAACUAUUGGAGGCUUGGCCGGUGGAAGAUACUAUAAUAGGGAGAGCGUGGCUGCAGUUACCCUUGCCAUGAACACAAAUGCUGCUUAUGUAGAACCAGCAGAGGAAGUUGCCAGUGAUCUCACACAAUCUCCCAAUUCAACUGAACUGGUGAUUAGCAUGGAGUGGGGAAACUUCAAUUCCCCUCAUCUUCCUUUAACAUCAUAUGAUGCUAGUGUAGAUGCUGAAAGCUCAAAUCCUGGUAGCCAGGUUUUCGAAAAGCUUAUUUCAGGAAUGUAUUUGGGAGAAGUUGUGAGACAUGUCUUGUUGAAGUUGGCCCAGGAAACAGCCUUAUUUGGAAACACAGUGCCUCCAAAGUUAAGGACUCCAUACAUACUAAGGUCCCCAGAUGUGGCUUCCAUGCAUCAAGAUACGUCGGAGGAUCGUGAAAUAGUGGCUGAGAAACUGGGAGAGAUUUUCGAGAUCGAUAAUUGUGAUCUAAUGGCACGGGAAGUGGUGGCUGAGGUGUGUGACAUAGUAGCAGAGAGGGGUGCACGGUUAGCGGGAGCUGGAAUUGUGGGAAUAAUUAAGAAGCUUGGGAGAAUUGAGAAUAGAAAGAGUGUGGUGACGGUGGAAGGUGGGCUUUAUGAGCACUAUCGCAUUUUCAGAAAUUACCUUCAUAGCAGUGUGUGGGAAAUGCUAGGCAAUGAUCUCUCAGACAAUGUCAUCAUUGAACAUUCACAUGGUGGUUCUGGAACUGGAGCUCUGUUCCUUGCUGCUGCUCAAACUCAAACACAUAGUGCAGAUUCUUGA